AGGGUAUAUAGACAGGGAGAUGGUGAACACGCAGAUGUCCAACGACGUCAGCAAAGUUUUUAUAUCAACCCCAACGAGCGGCAAUCCGUCCAGCGCUCGCAGCUGUGCCGUCGGUUAGUAACAAUACUUCAGUCGUCGCGAACAGAACAACAUUUUCAGUGAGUCAAGGCAGCAAAAAGCUUUCGUGUGUGCAAAUCAUCGUGAAAUUUGUGAAAUUUGUUUUCGAUUUCGAGUUUAAUAAAUCCAAACCGAGAGAUUCUUAAUGGCAUCAUCAGCUGAAUUCCGUUAUAACGAUUUCUUAUUCAUAGAACAAUAAUUUAUAUAUAUUUUUGUGUGAAAAUUACAAAGAUAAACCCAGCAACAAGUGCAAAGUUCAGUGCGAUUAUUCGAGGUUUGCCUGAAAAAAACAUUUGCGAGAGACGCAAUAAAUCCCCAAAAUAAAAAACAACAAACACAUUUCCAUAUACUCUACAUAUAGUAUCUGAGAUAAGAGUUGUGUCUAGAUGCUAUAAAGAUAACACCGCGUGUGAACUUACACUUGACGAGAACAUUAACAACCGAUUGCUAUAGCCGCCACCCAGCUAGCCAUCUGUGUGUGAAAAUCCAUCAAAAGGCUUUUUGGCCCAAAUAUUAUGUUCGCUGUGUCCGCGGUUGGUGCUACAAGUACAACAGCGAGGAAAAGCGGAAAAUCUCCUUCCAAGACGAGCAACAACGUCAUGCAAGCUUCGCCUGCCGUUGUCUUCAUGUGUGUGCAACAUUCGCAGCAGCAGGUUCCCAUGCUCAACAACUUUAUGUGUAUGCGUAUGCGCGGCUGGCAUAAUAACAAGUAUUAUUGCAACAACCACGUCACUACCCUCAAGAUCGGCACCGGCACUGGUACGGCCACCAAGGUCCUAAAGCGCUCCAAGUUUCUACGGAAGAAGCGGGACUGCAUCUGCAUUCGCCGCUGCGCCACUAUUAUUCGUUUUUGAGGCACGAAACAGACAAGUUAAUCCAGCGGAAAUAAGGAAACACAGCCCGUGCAACAUAUUUGUGUCGUCAUCAUUGGAACCUGCUCACCAAGGCAGCAACAUGAUGGAGGCUUAAGGGGAACUUGUGUCGACGACUCUUUUAGAGCUUGUUUAGAGGGACCCUAACAAUUUCAUUGUUUCUUUCUAACGGUCAA